AUCCCCCUUACAGUUUAGGAUUCAAGAAGAUGUAUUAAGCUGUAGGUCUAGGCUAAACUGUUCAUCCUGAGCUACCUGAUUCAUGGCUGUGUUGCCAGAAGUACAAAACUGUGAAACAUUCGGUGAAUGCAGAAUCACCAGCCUGUUAAAUCUAUUCAUCAAAUGACUAACAGACCCGAUCCUAUUACCUCGUCAACAUGAUGGAGUGCAUGAAUUAGAAGAGGGAGAUGUGAUGCUGCAGCACAUCAGAGAGCUGCCUAUGCUCCAUGGGUGAUGUCGCUAUUAUUCCGGGGCUGGGCGCUCGGUCAUUACAUCAGUUGAGUGUUCUACAAGACGUCUGGGCUCCUGGAGGGGUCGGGAAUUUGGCCUCUUCCCGUGACUUUGACACUGAGGAGUGAAGGGCGUGUGUGCAUUCCUGAGCAGCCGCUGCCCUACUCCCUGCCCGGCUUUAUAUAAGGGAGCAGGGCCGGUGGGAAGAGGCACCUCCAUCCAGCACAACGAUCAGCACCACGGACAGCUCCUGCAGACAACAUGAGUGUCAGCCCGGAAAGGAUCUCCUCCUACCGCCGCCACUUCGAUGAGUACGCGGGGAGCUCUGUGAUCAGGCUCCGGGUGAGCAGCCCUUCCCCUCCCCGGUACAGGAGGUCGACAAGCUACAGCCAGGAGACUUGUGAGGUCCAUACCGGAGGGAGAAGGACAGCCUCCGCCUCCAGGAGACCACGGAGCUAUAUGGCCCAUAGUUGUGCGGCAGCAUACCUCCCGGUGGAUCUAGACGCGGCCAGCGCAGCAAACCAAGAAUUCCUGAGCACCAGGAGCAAUGAGAAGCGGGAAAUGAUCGUUCUCAAUGACCGUCUGACCAAAUACAUCGAGAGGGUUCGUGACCUGGAGCAGCAGAACGCCAAUGUGCAGGUGGAGCUGGAUGCGCUCCGCAGCCGCAGCAACAAACCAUCCGCUCUGCGGGCGCUGUAUGAGGAGCAACUGCGGGAGCUGCGCAGGGAGGCGGAACAAGCUAGGAUACGACGGGAUGUAGCAGUGGCUGCCAAGUCAUCAGCAUUUGAGGAGCUCAACGCCGUGAAGAAACGCUAUGAAGAUGCAGUGGAGGGGAGGAAAAAGGCUGAAGGCGACAUUGAAGCAUUCCGCCCCGAUGUGGAUGCAGCCACUGCGGGACGGAUUGCAUUGGAAAAACAACUGGAAACUUUAGAGACAGAGAUUGCGUUUCUGCAGCGGGUUCACAGCGAGGAGAUAGAGGAGUUGAUGAAGCAGAUCUACAACAUGAGCGCCUCCUGUGACCUGGCAUUCUCCAUCCCAGACUUCGCUGCUGCUCUGAGGGACAUUCAGACAGAAUAUGAAGAAAUUGCAGCCAAGAACCUGCAGGAGAUGGACGAGUGGUACAAAAGCAAAUUUGUUGACUUCAGUCAAGCUUCUACAAAGCAUGCGGAAAACGUGAGACAUUACAGAGGAGACAUGGCAAACUGCAAGAGAAGCAUUAAUAGCAAAGAAAGAGAACUAGAAUCCCUUAAAAAUAAAAAGGCAGCACUGGAUGCCCAAGUGAAAGAGACUCAAGAAAAGAAUAGACUUCAAAUAGAGGAGCUACAGGAAAAAAUCAGGAAAUUAGAGGAUGAUUUGAAAUCUCUGAAGGAAAAAAUUGCGUUACACUUAAGGGAAUACCAGGACCUACUGAGUGUAAAGAUGGCACUGGAUAUUGAAAUUGCCACAUAUAGGAAGCUUAUUGAAGGAGAGGACACCAGACUUGCUACAUCAGUGAGUGGAAUUUUCCCCCACAGUACAGUAUCUGGAGUCACUCAUGUAAGUUCCACGGAAAGUGUCUCUCAGACUUUGGAACGACUGGAGAAAACAACUGUCCGUAUCAGCAGUUAAAGCAAGUGAAGAAACAGUGUGAAUUGAAAUUGUUACCUGGCAAAUGCUUUCGAAAAGCGAACAUGCUGCACGACCUAUGCUUGGAGGGCUGGAUCCAUGGCUCUCCUCUGUUAUCUGUUAUAUCUGCUC